AUGGGCAUCACACAGUCGGAAGUGACACGGGAUGGAAAUGAUGAAGAACUUAAAACAGUUGACUAUGAAUUGAUAACGAGCACCCAAUCUCAAUCAGAACAGAUCGAUAAUAUAAAAACCGUCUAUCAUUUUGAUUAUGAUGAUGAACGUCGUGCAUUACGAGAAGAACUUGAAAAAUUUCGCCAAGAAAAUGCAUUCCUUCGAAAAUCUUUUCAAUUAAAUAGUAAUACAAUUCAUGAUAAUGAACAAGAAAUAUUAACAAUAAAUAUACCAACUCAAAUUAUUCAAACGUCAACACUCAUCGAUUCUGGUUUUGAUGCAACUUCGUCUGGAAUGUCAAAUACUUUUAUAAGUAAUAGUGCAUUACAAAUUGAAUUAAACGAAUACAAAGAACGAGAACGAAAACUUCAAGAACAAGUUAAUUCAUUACGAAAACAACUCGACUCAACGUUACCUCAAACGAAUGAAGCUCUUGCUGAAUUAGAUCGUGCUCGUCGACAAAUUCGACAAUAUGAAGUUGAUAUUCAAAAUUAUGAACAACAACAAUCAAAAUCUGAACGCGUAUUACAACGUUUACAAACUGAUUAUGAAACUCGAAUUGCAAAUUUGGUUGGAAAACAACAGCAACAAUUAGCAGAUUUAGAGAGUUAUCGGCAUGAGCCAUUACUCGCUCGAAUUCGUUUUUCAUAUCCUCUGCCAGAACAAACGGAUUCAAGUGUUAACAUUGAGGAAUAUCGUCUAGCAAUUCAUGAUCGAGAUCGAAUAAUACAACAACUUGAAGAAGCCAUCAAUGAAAUAACAAUUCGUUUGCGUACACCAUUUACAUUGAUGCUUCCCUCUCAAUCAUCAACAGUAGAAUCGAUAGAUGAACAUAGUCAAAAGUUAAUUGCCGAAUUGAAUUCUCAAAUGCAAAUUCAUCUAGAAACUGUUGAUCAAUUACGAGCGGAAUGUGUUGAACUUCGACGAAGCGAAAAAAUCUUGAGAAAUCAAGUUGAUAGUUUAACUCAACUUAUUCAUACACCCGUGCGAAAUCUAGGGUUACCUCCUCUCAUUCUUCCGUCACCAUUAUCUACCAAGACUGUUGAUAUUAUUGAAGAAGCUCAACAAGUUGAAGAUCUGCAAACUGCUGUUGUGCAAAUAACACUGCAACUUCAAAGUGAUGCAGAAAAUGUAUCCGGUUUAACAAAUCGUGUUGCACAAAUAAUUCGAGAUCGUGACGAAUGGCAAGAUAGAAUCAACCGAUUACAAGAUGAAAUCGAGAAGAAAAAUGUUCAUAUUCGGCAAUUAGAAGAACGUGAACCAGAAGUUGAACGUCGUAUUCGCCAACAAUACGUAUUACAAAUUGAAAUUUUGCAACGGGAAAUUAAAGAUUUGAACGAAAAACUUCAAGAUCGUGAUCGUCUUUUGAAUGAGAUUAACAAAGAGAAAAAAGAAAUGGAAUUACGAAAUCUAAAAGAAUAUGAAAAAUUCAAUCAAAUUCACAAUCAAGAAAGACAAAAUUUGCAAGGCCAACUUCGAACUGCUAAUGAAAACUUUAGAAAUCUUGAAGAACAAUGGACUGUUGAACGAAGACAGCAUGAUGAUUUACAAAGGAAAUAUGAACAACUUUCGGAAAAGGAAAAAAAUGUUGAAAUACAGAAUAAACUCUAUAUGAGUCAUCAACAUUUUACUGACCUUCAAACUGAAUAUGAUCGAUUAAAAUUAAUCGUUGAUGAACAACGAGAUAAACAUGAGCAACAAAUUCGAACUUACCAAAGUCAAAUGGUACAAUUCGAUCAAGAAAAACUACAUAUUAACGAUGAACUAGAAAGUUUAAAACGCGAAAAUCAAUCGAUCAAAGUUCGAUAUCGAGAUGUUGAUAAUAAAAUUCUUGAAUUAACAACAAGGAACGAUGAAUUAAAAUCAAAAGUUUCUAUUUAUGAAAUUCGACUUCACGAUAAUGAAGAUAAUGAUAAACGAAGUCAAAAUGAAAUUACUAAACUAAAACGUGAUAUUCAACAGAUUUCACAAGAAAAUGAAGAUCGUAUUCAUGAGAUUAACGAAUGGCGACGUAAAUAUGAAACGUUAAGCAUUGAUUUAAAUCGUGCACAAUAUGAAAGACAGAUACUUGAAUCAGAACAUCAAACUAUGAAUAAUGAAAAUAUAAAACUUAAAGAUGAUCUUAACGAACUAACCAUUCGAAUUCGCCUGGAUAUUGAAAAAAAAUAUGAUGAUGAAGUAAAAAUUCGUCUUAUUUUAAAAUCUAUCUAUCGUCAAUUCAACAGUCGAACUGAAACAGAAAUUCGAAAUUUGCAAAAAGAGAAACAAGCUAUGCAACAUGAUCUCGAUCAGUCGAAUAAUGAAAGAACACGCCUUUUCGAUCGAUUGCAAGCAGUAGAACAGAAUUUAAAACAAGCCAGUGAAACAAUUAAAACCUGCGCAGUGGACAUCGAUCGUCUUCGAAUAGCUCUGAGUAUAUCUCAAGAAGAAAACGAACGACUUGAACGUGAAAUAUCAAAAGGAUAUGCUGAAGAUUUCAAAUUGAAAACAGAUCGUUUACAAGAUUUAGAAAAUAAAUGUCGAUUAACUGAAAUACAAUUCAGUCAAUAUGAAACAAAAAUUGGUGAUCUUCGUCAAGAAAAUACAAAACUUAUCGAAUCAAAUGAACAUAUUCAACGUCAAUAUAAUCAAUAUCGAAUCGAACAACAAGCUAACAAUGACUCUAGACAAAAAACUUUAACGGAAUUUGAAGAACGUGUUCGAAAGGGUCUUGUUCAAGCAAAUGAAAACAAAGAGGAAUUGGAACUGCAACAUGCUCAAUCUUCGUAUGAACCAAAAGACCUUCAAUUAGACUUCGAAAUUCGCAUUGAAUCAUUAGAACAAGAAGCCGCACCAGGAGAACGUUUUACUGAAGUUUAUAGUGAAUCAAUUCCAAUCAGAAACCAACAAGCUGAUCGAUUCCUAAAUAGUAUUCAAUACGGUAAUUCAAAUAAUACCUCUCGUUCUGAAAUAUUAAGACAAGAGUGUCAAAUACGUGAUCAAAAAAGUGAACAAUUAUUAAAUGAAAAAAAAUUGAUUAUUGUUGAAAACGAACGUCAUAUAAGUGAAUUACAAACCGUUAUUCGUGAUCAAGAACGUGAAAUUAAUAAUACCAAUGCUAAAUUACAACAAAUUCAACAAUCUCUUAAUACUCAACAGCAUGAACUUGAUAAUUGUCGUCAAAAACGUGAUAUAUUAACUGUUGAUUUAAAUAUUGCAAUUGAAGAAAACGAAGCUCAUUUGGAUAGAAUCAGAACAUUAGAAAGACAAUUAGAAAUGACUCAAAUUCGAAAUAUAACGCCGGAACAAAUUGCACACUAUCAAGGUAUAAUUGAAGAUCUUAAAGCUCAACUACGACAUCGAGAAGAUUCUAUACAGAAUCUUCAACGUACUAUAGAUGAUUCUGAUAGAACGUUAAAAGAAACUCGUCAAAGCCAUAAUACUUUUCAAAGUGAUUAUAAUCGAACACAACUUCAUUAUGAACAAAUGGAAAAUCAAUAUAAAGCCGAUUUAGAAGAUCGCGAUCAAACUAUUGUUUCUUUACGUAAAAAAUUAGUUGCAAAAGAUGAUGAAAUAGAUAAAUUACGACAGACUGAUCUCGCUAAAGAAGCAGUAAUUAAUAAAUUACGUUCAAAAUCUCGUGAAUCUGAUCAAGAUUCAAGAAGUGAAUAUUCAGGAGCACGAGCUCCUGCCAAUGUUGUCCUAAAAUUAGAACUUCAAAAGAAAGAUGAUUUAAUUGACGAACUUAAAAGACAAUUAGAUCGAACUCGUAGUGAUAAAAUUCCAAGUGGACGAGUUGACUCGUCCACUGUUCAAUAUGCUCAACGAGUUGAAGUUCAACGUCGCCCAAGAUCAAUGAAUUUUGAUCAUCUAAAUCGUGAAGAACUCCUAUAUGAACUUGAAAUGGCUUUACAAGACAACGAAGGAUUGGUCCAACAGUUAGCAAAGAAAACACCUAAUAUAACCGAAUUACACAAUCAAUUACUCGAUGUACGCAAAGAAUUAGCACGUCAAAAAUAUGUUAAUCAAGUUUUAUGGCGUAAACUUGAUGCAUUACUCGAUAUCCAAGGUUCGAAUACUCGAGCAGAAUUAACUCUUGAAUUAGCCAAUUAUCAUGAUGAACUUGAAGCAUUAAAAGCAAAACAAAAUCGGUCUAAUAAUACUCGUACUGCUGUGCUCAAUGCGAUUUCGAGAUCAUCAUCAGGUCUAAUCGAGUCCUCUUCGAUUCGACAACGUCGACACAGUGCCGAAGAUACUGGUCGAAAAAUGUCUUCAUUUAUAAAUAUCAUUAAAUCACAUGAUAAAACGACAGAUAAUUCUAAUGAUAGUAAAUCUAUAGGCGAACUACGAGAAAUAAUUCGUAAUCAAAAGAAAUAUAUUGAACAAUUACAAAAACGAGUUCGUUUACAUGUACCAUAUAUAAUUCAACCAACAGUAUUACAAAAACUAACUGAACAAAACAAGAAUUUAAAUCUUGUUAUUAAUACUUAUAAAAAUGAAUCGAAUCUACUUAAAAACGAACUUGAAAAACUCUAUAAAGUGAAUGAAUUAAAACAACUGCAAUCGGAGCGACGUCAAAAUCUUAUUAAAAAGCAACGAAGUUUUGUUGAAGAAUCAAUUAACAGUUCAAAUCAACAUGCACCAAUAAUACCUAAGAAAUAUGAACACCAUCAAAUAAUAUUUUAUGAAGAAAAACCGCAUGCAACUGAUGAUUUAAUAAUCGACGUAAAUGUUAAUAUUUCACAGGAAUUUGAUAAAACAAAAAAAACAUCGCUGAACAAAAAAGACAGCGGCGUGGAAAGUGUUAUGGAUAGCACUCGUUGUACUAUAACGCAACAAGAAUAUCAACGGCAAAUGAGUGAUAAAGACGAUCAAAUUAGACAAAUAACAAAAGAACUGAAUGAUUUGAAAAAAACUUAUGAAUAUGAACUAAAUCAAUGUCGUCUUAAUUCUGAAAAAGCUCAUACAGAUUUAAUUGAUGACUUGAAUACUAAACAAAAUGAUUUACGUCAAUUACGAGUACAACUCGAUUUAUUAAAAUCAACAAAAACUCAACUUGAUCAAGCUCAAGAUCAAAAUCAAAGAUUGCAUGGUGAAAUAAAACUAUUAUAUAAUGACAUAAACAGUAAAAAAGAUUUAAUUGAUCAUUAUGAAAAACAAAUUAGCUUAUUAGAAAAACAAAUUUCGCAUCGUGAUGGUGGUAAAGGUGAAAUGACUAUUCGAACAAGUGAAAUGUCCGAAUUAUUAGAAGAAAUGCGUCGUCUUCGUCAUGAUCUUGAACAAAGUAUUCAAAAACAAAAUGAAUUACAAGCUAAAUUAGAUGAAAAUAUUCGUGUAACCCAAACGAAACGUGAAUUUACAUUUUGUGGUCAUGGCGUAUCAUACCCUGAUCUACGCAUUAUUGAUGCAUCUGGUUCAGUUGGUGCUGAAAAUAUAUCAUUUACAAGUAUAACUGAUGAAAAGCGUGCGAGACCUCUCGGAUCGUCAACUACAGAACUUGAACCUGAACGAAUAACUCUUGGAAAAAUGUAUAUUGUUGGAGAAUUAGAAAAUCAUGAGAAUCUUCGGCGAUUAAUGGCUGAUAUCAAAAUUGAAUUAAAAGCAAUUGAAGUUAAAAUUAAAGAAAAACUUCGAUCAAAAUUCACUUCGUCUAUAACUGAACCAUCCAUUGAAUGGCUUGAACAUCGUUUAAAUUCCCUUAAUCAAUGUCUUAUACGCUUUGAACAAGCUUAUCAAUUUAUUGAAGCAUAUUGGAAAGCAUAUCUACCGGUUAAGAAUGGCUACGAUGAACAUCCAUUUAAUGAUCCACGUCUUGCCAAUGAGAAUAAAGAACUUCGAAUUUCUCAAUCAAAAUAUAUGCAAGAGCUACAAAGUUUAAGACAAAAAUACAAAGAACAAUCAGUGUAUAUGGAUCAAGUACUUUCUCAAUUAACAAAAGCAAAUCACAAAAAAGCUAAUACAGACGAUUAUUUGGCAUUGCUGCUUCGACCAACGUUAGAUGUUUUACAAAAAGCUCGUUCAAAUAUGGAACAUCAUUUAAAAGAGCCAUCCAAAUCUAAAUGA